UUUACCCAAGUUAUUCUGCAACUUCCUCAUGACCUUCGAAGAAUCCGACUUCGGGCUUCACCUAGACAGCUAUCCGGUCGAUCAGCACCCGGCCAUCUUCAAUCAUACUAUUGCCCUGCGCAAGAUUCUCGAUUUCGCGCAGCAGCUGGCCGGUUGCUCUCCCGGAGCGGUGCUGAACUUCGCGGAGCGUUCCGGCGCUCCCCUCUACAGAUACAUCGGCCAGCUAUCGCGUUUGUUGAUCAUCGUCCAGCGGGUUCAGGACUUCGCUCCGAGAGACCUUAGCCUUCGCAGCCACGUCGCUACGCACGCGUCGAUGAACGAAAUGCUGGAUCACAUAUUGGCGAUGUGCGCGACCUUCGGCGCAACCUUGGAGACGGCUGCCCCGCCCACGCGCGGUACGCACUAUCUUCCGAGGAUAAGUAUGCUAUGUGAUCCGACCGAAUAUCGAUGGCUGCCCCUCGUCGCUCGCCUUGGUAUAACGCACCGGCAAGCUAUAAAUAACCCGCGAUGUUUCGGUCCGGGGUGCACGGAGACAGAGGCGACGUCCAUGCACAAGUUCCACGUUUGCGGCGCGUGCCGUCACAUGCAAUACUGCUCCCGGGAAUGUCAAAGGCGGGCCUGGAAGCAUGAGCGGGUACCUCACAAGCCUAUAUGCAAAUUGAUUCAAGAUCUCGAAGCACAGGGGAUCGUCGCUCCGGUGUGGUCGGUCGAAGCACUCGCACCGGCUAUGAGGUCUCCCUCUGGUUCCGAUCUGUUCAAGGUGUUACAAGCUCUGGUCGACCAUAUCGAUAGUCUGACAUGAUGAGCAAGCUGAAAGUUUCGCGAAACAUGAGGUAGCGCGCAUGAAAUGCUCCUCGUUGUAAGUUCACCGACGUCACGUCAUCAACGAAGCGUCGGAAAGGUUUGAAUUGUACUUCAUAGCAC